AUGGUCCCGGGGCACGCAGGGGAUGAGCCCCUCGGCUGGUACAUCGGGGACGCAGGCAGUGGGAUGAUCUACAAGCAGGGACGGCUCCUGGGAAAGGGCACCUUCGGGCGCUGCUACGAGGUGACAGAGGUGAGCAGUGGCCGGCUCUAUGCACUGAAGGUCAUCCCUCGAGCCCGGCUGGCUGCGCUGGGCGGCGGGGAGAGGGUGGAGCGGGAGCAGGAGCUGCACCGACACCUGAGCCACCGGCACAUCGUCCGCCUGCACCGGCACUUCAGCGACCGCGGCCACCUCUGCCUGCUGCUGGAGCUCUGCAGCCGCGGGUCCCUGGCCGACAUCCUGCGUGCCCGGGGCCGGCUGCAGGAGCCGGAGGUGCGGUUUUACCUGCGCCAGGUGAUCUCGGGGCUGCGCUACCUGCACGGACGGGGCCUGGUGCACCGGGACCUCAAGCUGAGCAACUUCUUGGUGACGGGGAAGAUGCAGGUGAAGAUCGGGGACCUGGGACUGGCGCGGGGGGUGGCUCCGGCCGGGCGGCGCUGGGGGGCGCUGUGUGGGACCCCCAGUUACCUGGCCCCAGAGGUGCUGGACCGCAGGGGACACGGGGUGGCCUCGGACAUCUGGGCCCUGGGCUGUGCCCUGUACACAGCCCUGACCGGCCGCCCCCCGUUCGAGGGGUCCCAGCGGCUGGAGCUGUACCAGCACAUCCGGGGGGCUCGGUACCCACUGCCCCCCCAGCUCUCCCCCCGGGCCCGGGCCCUCCUCGCCCUCAUGCUGGACCCCGACCCCACAGCACGGCCCAGCCUGCAGGACGUGCUGGACCACCCCUUCUUCACCCAGGGUUUCACACCCCACAGGCUCCCGCCCCGCGCCUGCCACUCCAUGCCCCUGUUCCUGGGACAGGACCCCCUGUGCCGGCUGCUGCAGCACUGCUGGGGGGGUGGCUGGGCCCCUGGCACCCCAGGAGGGGCCGUGUCCCCCCCCACCCAGAGGAGCAGCUCCCUCGACAGGACCCAAGCCAGGCAAACAUCGGCGGAGGAAAACCUUUAUUAG